GAGACACAGUAUAACACAGUGUCGGGCACAACGUAUUCCAACUACGACACGGUGAAACACAAUACGACACAAAAUAAAAGUGAGUUUUAGCGUGUCGUAUGCAUCAGUGUUGCCACAUUCUAAACAUAAAAUUGUUAUUUAUAGAAAUUUCAUGUUUAGAGAGUUGUACAGAAAGGUUAUAAGUUACAAUUGACAACAAAAAACAGAGAAUAGACUUCAGUUUUAUUUUCUAAUAAAAAUUAAUCUUAACAAAAUAGUUAUGAUUUGUAAGCAUUAUCAAAAUACGAUUUCCUCUUGGGAUGCAGUCCCUAAUCACAAGUGUUUCAUCAACAAAAACGUAUACAUGGAUGACGAUAAUGUGUUAUUCACAUUAGAAUCAUGUCCUGAAAAUAAUCAAUCCAAACAUGAUACCUUAUGCAGUGAUGCAGUGGAUGAAAUGUCCUGUACAUCAGAAAAAGAAAAUAUAAAUAACUCUGUCAGCAAGCAAAACGCAAUAUGGAAUAAACAAUCAACACUAGCUCUCUUAAGUUCAUAUGAAAUGAACUUGAAUAAGGCUGAUAACGCAAAAAAAAAAACAAAGAUCUGGACUGCGAUAACCGAAGGCCUGCAAGAAUUAGGUAUAAAGGUAACUAAUGAUCAAGUAAGGUGGAAAAUUAACUCGCUCAUAAAAAAAUAUAAGGAAUGCGUGGACAAUAAUGCAAAAUCCGGACGGGCACACAUGUCGUUUGAAUUUUACGACCAGUUGGAGGAAAUAUUAGGUCAAGAGAAAGAAGCCACAGCUCUUCAUACAGUCUCGUCAAAGAUAUUAUUAGACAGUGAUUCUAACGAUAAAAGAGAGAAUGUUGAUGAAAGUCUGUCAAAUCACCAGAAGCGGCAGAAGAAGGCUGAUGAAAAUAAUCGACCAAAUACUUCAACGAUUGAACAUGAAUCUCAACCAGUCGUCAAAAGGCUUCGACCAGGACAUGGCACUGGCUCGACUCUUGCUAAAACUAAAAUGGAGUUACAAACACAGUGGUUAGAUUAUUUGAAAACAACCAAAAAUCGAGAAGAGGAACAAACUAAGCGGCACGAAAAGUUGCUACAAAGCAAAGUGGAAGUAAUCAAUGUAAAAAAACGUCAGCUUCAGUUAAAAAAAGAAAUAGCAGAAAAAAAACUAAAAUCGAAAGAACGUAGACAUGAAGAUAUAAUAGAGUUAGAAAAACUAAAAAUUAAUUUACUUAAAAAGUUACUUAGGAGUGGCGAAAAAGUAAGAAACCAAGAAGACAGUGAUUCGGAUUAACUAAAAAUGGUGCAACGUACAAUGCGUAAAAUAACUUCUUAAACAAAUUUUUUCUUUUACGUUUUGAUACAUUUAUUUCGUACAGUUGAUUAAAUGUGUUACAAUUAUAUUUUUAU